AUGAAUGAUGCGCACUUAUUAAGUGUCGAUGAGUUAAAGGCCAUUUUUCCAAAACGAUGGAAGGUAUCCGAAUGGUCGAAAUGCUCCAAACCCUGCGGUGGCGGUGAGAAAUCCCGAAAAGUCGACUGCAAGCAAGUCAUGGCCCAAAACCACACAGUCGACCGACCAGCGUCCAUGUGUCCUUCCCCGAAACCGUCUGAAAAAAAGCCCUGCAACGCCAAGAGCUGCAUCGUGGAAAGCGACAAACCGCACAUUAGCGUCACCAACAGCACCUUCAUCCAGCAUGACGUCAGAAAAGACAAAGUCACUGUCAAAGUAGGCGGAGCGGCCACUCUUUUUACCGGUACCACCGUUAAGAUCAAGUGUCCGGUUAAAAGGUUUGAUAAGUCGAAGAUCCAGUGGAAGAAGGACAAUAACUUUCUUCCGCAAAGCAGGAAGUACAAGAGCUCCAAAAAGGGAGCUUUGAGGGUGCAUAAUUUGACACUGAGAGAUAGUGGGACAUAUUCUUGUACAGCUGGUAAAUCAUCUGCUAACAUAUCUAUAACAGUCCGUCCGAAGCCAGGGGAAUUUCCUACAUCUGAAGAAAUUCAGAAGCAAGUCCAAUUGGACGUCACUUCUGGAAGGAAUAGUGGUAAAGCUAGAGGGAAAGCCAUAUACGCAGACGAUCAGUCUCACGAACAACGCCCUGAUGGCUCUAAAAAGAAGGAGGUGAAGACAUUCACACCAGUUAGUACAUCGCCCAGCCUAACCCUAGAUGAAUACCGCUUAGACAGCAAAACAACAGCUAUCUCAAAAAACAAG